AUGGCCCAGACGGUUGCACGUUUAAAACAGGUUAUCGACGCAGCGAGUGCGUCAGCGGGGAUCUUCUCGGCUUUAUUGCAGGGUGAUGCCAUGUCCAGACGAUGCUGGAUUGUGAUGUAUGUGCCAAACCCGACCAAUAUGUUUCCCAAAGCUCAAUGGCUCGCCUUUCUUUUGGAAGAUUCCAAUCCUAUGUGGCAUGCAUCGUUAUCCUCCAUAUCAUCGCACAGGGACAAGGGCACGGCUUCCGCCGCGAAACAUGACAAGAUGGCCGACGAUACCGCAAAAGAAUUCCACGCAGAACUUGAGCCCCUUCACGACCUGGCGCAAGCGAGGACACCCUCCGAUCACAAUCAAAACGAUGGAGGAAGUAUUUGUCGUGGCUUGCAUGACGGCUAUGACGGAACGUCGCUGCUGCUCACUUUGUCACUCUUCUCCGGGGUGCAACAGCGGAGAGCACUGUUAUCCGGCCUUCGGUGGUGA